UCGACUCAUGUUCGCACGCACUAGUAGAAACAAAAAUGGCUGAAGAGGAGGUUGUGCAAACUUCUGGCAUUUUGCAAGAAAUUUUUACUUCGCCCUUAAAUUUGAGUUUACUGGGCCUUUGUUUAUUUCUGUUGUACAAAAUCUUUCGCGGAGACAACCCCGUGGAUGUGGGCGAGAUCGAAGAGCCGUUGCCGAAACUAAAGAAAAGAGAUUUUACUUUGGCAGAGCUGAAGGAGUACGAUGGAUUGACAAAUCCAAGAAUUCUCAUGGCUGUCAACGGCAAAGUGUUUGAUGUAACCAGAGGAAAGAAAUUCUAUGGCCCAGAGGGUCCGUACGGGGUGUUUGCGGGAAGGGACGCCUCCCGAGGUCUGGCCACGUUCUGCCUGGAGAAGGAGGCGCUCAAGGACACGCACGACGACCUGUCGGACCUUAACUCCAUGCAGCAGGAGAGCCUGAGCGAGUGGGAGACCCAGUUCACCCAGAAGUACGACUACGUCGGAAAACUCCUGAAACCCGGAGAGGAACCCACGGAAUACACGGACGACGAGGAAGUCAAGGACAAAAAGAAGGAGUAGAGCGUUCAAGGCUGUGUGUGUGUGUGUGUGUGUGUGAGAGAGAGAGACAGAGAGAGAGAGA